AUGCCGAAACUGAAACAAUCAACAUUAGCAGAGCUGAUCGACUCGGAUUCCGACGACGGCCUCGCUAUGCCCACUCCAGACUCAGCAGCAGAAAACCAAGCUCCUAAUGCGAAAAAAGGCCGCGGACGACCGAAACUUGCGCCCACGAAGCCCGCGCCCUCAAAAGUUACCAAGACGAGAGCAAAGGCACCAACACGUCGUACAAGCGACCGCAUUGAGGCAAUGGCGAAGGCCGUACAGCCUGCGCCAGUCAAAGCCAAGAGAGCCGCUUUGAAGGAUAGGACGAACCAGCACGCUGUCGACGACGAGAUUGACGACUUUGCCUUCGAUGGGGACUUGGUAAUGGAAGGCACGAUUGAGGACUCGACUGCGGCAGUAAAGAAGACGAAGCCGAAAGUUACGAAGAAAGCUACCACUGCGAAGGGAAAGGCGGGGAAGGAUGAGUUGCGUACGGAGAGUAUGAUUCAGGAGACUCAAGACGUGUCCAAACCGGAUGCACGCGCGACGAAGAAGAGGGGACCUGCUAAAAAGCAGAAGCCGGUGGAGCCAGAGCCAGAGAAGAUCGUCCAGGAAUCACAGUAUGAAGAGAUGGACAUCGAUGCGGAAUUAGACGAUGAGUUGGUGGAUCCGGAACCAGAAACCAUAGUGAAGCCAGCGCGCAAUCUUUCACGCACACAAUCGCAUUCUCGACAGCGCCAGCCUUCUACGCAACGAAGACCAGUUGGGAAUGUUUCUGAUACGGAGAGGGGUGAUCCGAGUCUGAGGCGCAAACUGGGGGAUUUGACGAAAAAGUACGAAACUUUGAAUCUUAAGUACCAGGAUUUGAGGGAGAUAGGGAUCAAGGAAGCGUGCCGAAACUUUGACAGUUUGAAAAAAGAGGACGAGUCUAAGACAAAGACUGCUGGCGAGUUAAUAAAUUCUCUGAGAGCCGAUGCGGCUGGUAAAGCUGCGUUGACGAAGAAGUACGAUACGCUCAAGAAAAAAUUUGAUUCGCAGGCUGCUGAGACGAUGUCGCUUCAGGCGCAAAUUGCACAACUAACAACCUCUCUCACGGAAGCACGAUCCGAGAAUAAGACACUUUCAGCAAAGCUGGCCGCUACCCGUAUUGCCGCUGCAUCAGUAGAGAGUGCACAUUCGAGAACUCCGGGCAGUGCUCUGAAGGCUAACGGAGGCAUUCGCUUGAUGGGAACUGCUGAAGCUGCACAAGUUGCUCAAGCAGCCCAACUGAAGGAAGAUCUUUAUAGAGAUCUUACCGGUCUGAUCAUCAGAGGUGUAAAGCGCGAGACCGAGGAGGAUAUUUUCGACUGUCUACAGACUGGUGGACGUAAUGGUACACUCCAUUUCAAGCUUGCCACGGCUAAUGAAAAAUCCUCCGAGAGUUAUGACGAUGCUCAGUGCAACUAUAUUCCCCAGCUUGACCCCAGCAGAGACAAGGAUCUGAUGGAGCUGCUCCCUGAUUACCUUGUAGAUGAGAUUACGUUCCCGAGGCCUCAAGCUGCAAAAUUCUACGCGCGGGUAGUGAAAGCUCUGACGGAAAAAGUCGGUUGA